AUGAAGGGGACAAUGGAGACGUUGUCGCCUUGGGGCGGCACCAAAGGAGAUGCUGACUCACCUUCAGAGCCCUCUUUUCAGACCGCCUCGCCCCCGCCAUUGGACUUCCCUUCUCUGUACCUCGCGGAGGGCUCACUGCAUUUGCCAGCGUUUGUGGCGCCGUUUCUGCUCUCCGAGACGGCCGACAAAGUCGUCGAGCUCCUGAGUCUGCUGCGCGACCCUGAGAAGCUGCGCGCUCAGCCGGGAAAGCUCAUGCACGCUCUAAGGCUGCUGCGGGAUCUCCAGCGCACCGGCACACUCGACGCGGUUCCUCUGGAGCACUGGGUGGAGAUCGCCGCCCGCCUCGCGCGCCUCCUGAUGGGAGACCCCGAAGCGGAGGGCGCCGCCGCGAGCGAGGGCAGCGAGCCAGAAGAGACUGAAGACGAUGAUGACGCCGAGGAGGCAAGGCGUCCUGCGGCGGCGGGGGCAAGAUGCGGAGCCGCAGGAGACUGCGACGUUGAGAUGCAAGAGGGAGCAAGCGGAGUGGAGACGAGCGAGGGAGAAGAGCCGCAGGCGCGCGGAAGACAAGCGAGACGAGACGCGUCGCGUUUGUGGUAUGAAGAGGAGCUCGAACUCUCCAGCGGAGACGAGUCAAACGCGGGCACCGAAGACCUGGGCGAGGAUGAGGCGAGUCGAAGGCGACACCUGCGGCUCUCGACGUCUCAGCAGAUUCGGAUCUGCGAGGCUCUCGAAGACGUCCUCGACGUCAUUCGACCGGGCUACCUCCCCCCCGUCUGGAUGAAGCCUAGCGCGGCUUCCCGCUACGCGCAGAGCGUCACUCCCUCUUGCGCGGCUUCCUUUUUUCUUUCCCCGAGCCCUCACCUUCGCAGACCGCUGUCGCCGCUCCGCAGACCGCUGUCGCCGCUCGCAGGCGGCGCCCGCUGGAAGCAAAGCCCUCGUGCGCCGGCGCGCAAGCGCGAAGCGGCGGUGCAUGAGGCGGGAGACGCCUCCUCGGCGCCUGCCAGAGGAGCGCCAGGGGAGGACGCCGAGGAGGAAGACUGGGCGCUCGUCGCUGAGAGCGACCCCAGGGCGAGCCGGUGCGACGCCGGUGAGGAGGCGGGCGCGUCGUCGCCCAGCCAAGUGACGCUUUCUCCGCCUCGCGCCGAGGCAGAGGAGGGAGAGGCGCGCGAGGUGGAGCGACUGUUGAGUCCGCUGGAGGUGCUGCAGAAGCACCUCAAGUGGCGUUGGAUGCUGGUUCAGCUCCUGCGGCGCUUCGAUCGCUCGUACCGGGGUCAGGUGGCGAGCAGCGCGGCGCGGCGGAAGGCGCUGGUCAGCGCGCUGAUGCGGCUCGCGUCGGCGUCACGUCCCUUCUGGGGCUUUUCGCCGUCCGCGUCCGCAGAGGCCUGCAGUCCCUCGCCGCGGGCCUCCGCCACGUCGCCCGACGCUACCCUGGCGCCGCCGCCGAGUGCCGCGGUCUCCUCGUGGUUCCUGGCGCAUCCGGAGAUCCGGGAGGCUGCAGGGCGGGAGCGUGCGACGAUGGCUGCGGCGGCGGUGUGCGGCGUGUUUCGCGGCUCGCUGGAGGAGGUGCUUGAUCUCCUCGCGCGCACGACUGACUUCACGAGCUCGCGGAUCUUCCUCCGCUUCCGCUUGGUGCUGCUCUUCGCGCCGCCGGCCUUCUGCCACGCCCUCGUGCGCGACGGCCGCCUCACUCGCUGGUGGGCGUGGGCAGACGGCGCGUUCGCCUCCUCGUGGGAUGCGCUUUUUGUGCUGCUUCUCUUCCGCGCGAGCAAGUUCGGCUGGGCGACCGGACAGCCGCUGACCUGCGCGCUGCGGCCGCUGCUGCCACUCCUCUUUCAAGUUUUGCUCCGCGUCUUCCAGCUGCCGCACUCUGCACCGGGCGCCGCCGCGACGAUGAAGCGGCAGCGCGAGACGAUCCCCGGUGAAUACACGCCGCUGCUCGAGAGCCAGUUCAACACGCCGUGUCAGCUGGCGAAAGUCCUGGUGCUUCUCCUCGAGCCCUUGCCGACGAUGCGAGACGCCGGCGCGGAGAGCGACGGCCAGCAGCCUGCCGGUUGCGCGGGGGAGAUGCGCAAGCCGAACUGCGAGGCGGAGACGCGACAAGAAACCGAGGAAAAGAAGCAGAGGCACGCCGAGCGGCACGGCGCAACAUCCGCCUUCGAACUCCUCGAGGCCCUCAUGUCCACGCUCCUCGUCUUCACCCACCCGUCCUCCGACGGCGCCCGCGGCACCGCUGCCAUCGGCGCCUUCUUGAACGCCUUCAUCUCGGCGUAUAUUCGGAGAGUGCAGCGCGAGAGACUCGGCGACAACAUCGUGCGCGAGGUGUGCGGCCGCCACGUCCGCGGCUGCUGCAUGGGCUGCGGCGCCACCGCCGCACAAGGCAGAGAGACUGCCGCAGGAGAGACACCGGGCGAGGGAGGGGCCGUGGAGGAGACGGCGCCUGGCGCCGGAGGCGCAGCCGAGGGAGACGAAACCGAAGGACAAAGCCCUCAUGAGCGCUGCCAGUGCUGCUGGUGUCGCCGCGGAGAGCACAAAAACGAGGAGACCGGAGAGUUCUUCUGUCUUCGUUUGGGGCGGCAGGAGGAUGAGAAAGUCGUGGAGCUCCUAGGCCCGCUCUUCCUCCAGGGUAUGUUCAGCAAGCACAUGGGCGUCGCGUCGUGCUACGAGGACGGCAUGAAGCUGCUCUGCCAUUUGCAGCCAGAGAAAGUCGUUGAAGGCCUGCUGGAACGCGCGACAGCGAGCUUGGAAGACGUCAUCGAGGCUCGCCACUCCACAACGGUGCAGCUGCUCACGCGGACGGCGCAGACGCUUGUGAAGUUCGCGCCUGCGGCGCUGCCGACGAUUCUCUCCUUGACGCUCCCAGGCAUCGAUCCCGCGGAUCCUCUCAAGACGUUCCUGACGCUGUCUUUCUACACAGUCCUCUUCUCCUACAUUCCGCUGAUUGACUGCUCGGGCAUCUCAGAGGGGACGAAGCACGAGUAUCAAAAGCGGCUGCGUGAAACUUACCUGCAGCCUCAGGCGUUCGUGGGAGCAGCGUCCCCCGGCGCUGCGACGGGCAGCCGGUUUCCCGCAGACGCGGAUCUUUACGGGGAGUGUGCGGCGACGCUCCCUGAGGCCCUGCAGGCUGCGCAGGGGCGCCGGCAGUUUCUCAACCUCUCGAACUUCCCCGACAGCUUUCUGCUCCAGUCUGAAGCUUCGGGCACGCCGAGUUGCUCCACGUUCGCCCCCGCCAGCCCCGGCGCGCCCUCCUUCGCCUCCGAGGGCGAGCCUUCUUCGUCGGCGUCCUCGCUCUGCGUGCUGUUUGACGGGGAAGGGGGGAGGGGGGGAAGGGCGCCUGCGCGGAAGGAAGCGGAGGCCGCAGCGGCGCCAGGGGGCGGAGGAGAAGACGCACGCGCGGAGCGGGUUGUCGGGCUGUAUCGCGUACGCGAAGGCUGCUGGCAGCACAAGAUGUUUUUUGACUCGGAGUUUUUCUCGACGCUGAUAUCGCAGCGAGAAGCCGCUUCGGCGUUCUUCCCCGAAUGGGUGGACAUGUGGUUCGAGCAGGUCCUGCGCCUCGUCAAGCACGCAACAGAGCCGGCUGGGAAGAGCGGCAGUCCGAUGGCGCGGCUGGAUCGGGGGACGAAUUUGAUUCUGCGGGCGUGUGUGUCGGAGGUCGCGGCGCACGUCGAGGAGAAGACCGUCGCGCGGCUCGUCGAGAAAUUCCUCAGCUGGAGCGAGACGCCCGUCGGGGAGGCGGCGAAGCAGGCUCAGAGUUUGGCGGUUCCCCUCGCCGCCGCGCUGCCCGACCGCAUGCUCGCCAAGCUCGUGAGCCGUGUCUGCGACAAGCUCCUGGACAAGGACGCGACGGCGGCGCGCCCGCCGGCACCAGAGGCGCAGCGGAAGGCGGGAGACGCCGGCGAGUGCGAGAAGGAGGAGGCGGAGGUGCGUGACGCGCAGAAAGGCCUCCCGCCGGCGUCGGCGUCGCCGCUGCCUCCGCCGUUCGCGUUCCCCGCGUCUCGCCUGAAGGCGGGCGUGAGUGAAGCGGUGAUUGAGUGGAACGUGCUGCUCGUCUGUUCAGCGGUGCGGAGCGCAGGGACGCACAACCUGAGAUUCUCUGCAGACUUGUUUCGCAUCGCGCACGCCUGUCUGCAGCACGAGAGCAAGGCAGUCUUCAAGCUCGGGGCGAAGCUCUUGCGGCGAGUCAUCGAGGCCUCGCUCGGCGUUUACCCCUGGCAGCUCUGUGGGCAGCGCUGCAUGGGUCCGCGUGAGUGGGAGGACGUGGAAGAGCGGAAAAAAUUCGUCCUGCGCUGGGGUGAGCCCUUCUGGAUGCAGCCGGGCGCGGAGAAGAUACGCUGGCACAUCCCCUCGGAAGCAGAAGCCCACCUGGCGACGCAAGCCGUCGCCUACGGGCUCCUCGUCUGCAAAUUCCUCGCCAAAGACGCGCUACCGCCGCCGGCGACUGACGCGGCGGCGCGUGGAGGGGUCUCGCGGCUCCUCAGCGGCCCCCAGCUGCUGGGCGCAUCAGUGCGCGGAGACUGGGAGACAGAGGGCGAGGAGGCCGCGCCGCAGGCGGUCGGAGGCGAGAGGGAGGAGCCUGUACGGCGCGCGAGGGGCGGGCUCGGCGCGCGCCUCGCCGAGAAGGCCUGGGCGCCGGUCGACGAGGACUUCCAAGCUGUGGCAUAUCCGCCGUCCUUCUUCGCGCAGCCUGCGACCGCUGAGGCGUCCUCCGCAGGCUCCCGCGGCGCCGCGCCUUCCUCAAGCAAGAGCACAGCCUUCGUGGAGACCUGCAAGAAGCUCUCGAGCGCCUCGCUGAUUGCGCGGUCGCUGCUUCUCUGCCGCGCGCUGCUGAAGGGCACAGCGGUGCUGUACCCCGACGAGAGGCCGCGGCGAACACGCGGGAUUCCGCUGCUCUCGCCGUUCGAUGCUGACGAGCGCAUGCACGCCGGCGACCCCCUCGGCUCUGCGUUCUCCGCCCCUGUCUCCUCCGCGGACGGGCGCGAGGGAGACAGACCGAACGCGGUCGCGGCGCCUGGGCUCCGGGAGGCUCCAGCCGCCGCCGUCGCGCCGCUUGUCGAGUUCGGCGCGUCGCUGAUUCUUCGCGUCGAGCGCGUCUUGCUGCGACGCGCCGCCUCGCAGGCAGCGCCGACGGAGCUCGCCCCGUGUUUGGGGUUCGAGGAGGCGAAGCUGCAGAAGAAGGUGCUGCGAGCAGCCAGUCAGCUUCUGGUGCGUCUGAGUAGCAGCGUCGCACUGGAGAGCCUCAAAAACAUCCGCGGAGGCGACGGCGACAGCAAGGGAGACAUCGCCGGAAGGGACGCCAUCGGCUACUUGUCCUGCGACUCAGGCGCGCACUCCUUCUCGUACCUUUACGACGUGCCGCGCGGCAUGUGGACGCAGACCGUCACCUCGGCGUGGGCGCGGCGCGUGGCGGCGCGACGCUCUCAGCAUCCUUUCGAGGGGUGUCGACGGGCGGUGUUGCUUCUCGUGGCUCGCUUGGCUGUCUAUCACUACGCCGAGACGCGCCGCUUCGCGCAGCAUGUCUUGCGCGAUUCGUUCAGCGUCGUCUACGGUGCGCGUCGCUUCCUCGCGGCUCUGCUCCUUCGCGAGCUCGCCGAGACCUGCGAGCGGCGGCGCCUCCGCGACCGCGAGAAAGCGCCCGCCACGUCUCCUCCGCCGCUCCCCUCGUCGCUGUCGUCAGACACGCCCUCCCGCGCCUCCCCUUCGGGCUCGCCUCCCAUACUCGCGUCGCCGCGCGACUGGCCGCCCCUGUCCGCAGCGGCGGCGAGCGCGGCCGCGUCUCCGCUUCUCGCGCCUCCAGCCGCACUUGUCGUCGCGGCUCGAAUCGAAACAGGAGACGGCUUGGAGCCCGGAGCCCUGUCGGGCACCGCGACGCCUGCGCUCUCCAGCGACGUCGAGUGCACUGUGGAAGCGCCGGCGGCUGUAGCGCCGCCUGGCGCCGCGGCCGCGCUGGUGCCGUCUUCGGGGGACGCGCGUCGAGUCCUGAGCGACGCACAGGCGCUUUCCGCUUCGCUGGCGGCGUCGGCAGACGAGACAAAGGUCGAGGAGGAGGCGCCCGUGCGCAGCUCUGCUGAUUCGGGGACUCGCCACGCGUCUAUGGCGCUCAUCUCCGCUACUUCUUCUGAGUCGUCGCCCGCCUCGAUCGCGUCGCCGACCUCGGAAAUUGAGACCGAAGAUCUCUUCUUCGCGCAGCUGACUGGCGUCGCCUACACUCUGAACAGCGACUCGAUGAUGCGCCGCGUUUGGAGUGAUGCCUCGCUCGCCGCCCUCGCGCUGCGGACGGUCCUUCUCGUCUUCGAAGUGAAGAUCGCCAAAGAUACCGUUCCGCAGCGAUGGGUAGCGCUCACGCACACGCUGCUGAACUGCCGAGAGCGACUGCGGCGAAGCGGGGCAGCUUUCCAGAGAGACAUCGUCCAGGGAGUUCUCCGUCCCCUCCUCGCGCGGCUUUUGCAGAAACCACCGGCCGCGGCGCGGCGGCAGAGCCUGGCGCCUCCGCCCCCUGCGCCCGCGGAGGGCGCGGCGGCGCUGGCUGAAAUUCAAUCGCCGUUUCACUGGAGGUUUUCGCUCGUCGCGACGUGCGUCGCCGUCUGCCUGAACGGGCCGCCGAUUCUCGAAAUUCUGCCUGAGUAUGCGCAGUGGAUUCUGUGCGCAUGCGACUCUCGCCAGCACCCGCCGCUGCUCAACAUGGUUGCGAUGUUCGCCCUCAUGCUUCUCCUAAAGUACUUCCUUAAACAUCCCGAAGUGCCGAUUCCGCCAAACUUUUUGCGUGCGCUGCACUCGUCGUCGACGCUGAGGAAGUGGGUCGCCGCGCAGGCGAUCAUUCACCACGAGGGCGUGCGGUCACUCUCGGGGGGGACCGCCGGUCGUCGCGGCGGGCCUGCGCAGGACAGCAGCUUCCAGCUCGUGGUCGAUGUGAUCAAAAUCGAUCGGAGCUGGCCUUCCUCGCGCACCAGUCGUGUCUCCAAGGCCCUCUCCCUGCACAACGCCCUCUCCGCAAAGACGCUCUUCCAGUUCCUCUUCGCAACCAGCCACCUCGUCGCCCCCGCAGGGAAGGAGGCUCCCACAGAGGAGUCCGUUGCAGAGAAGGAGGCUGGCGGGGAGAAGGAGGCUGUGGGAAAGGAGGCGCGACGCGGCGAGAGUCUGUUUUCGCUCUUUGAGACGCUCAAGGAGGAGCUCGUGGCGCUUGCGCAGCACCCGAGCAGCGAACCGGACUGUCACAUUUCCGUCGUGGAGAUCGUCUGCGGCGCUGCGGCUGCCGCGAGAAAGUGCGCAGAUGAUGCCGUCCGCGAGGCCCUCUGGAAGGCGAUGUGGCCUGCCAUGGUCGCCGAAUAUAAGCAGCUGGAUGAACUUCGCCUGCUCGCGUGGCUCGAUGGCAUUCGCUUCGUGGUUCAGCGCCCCGAGAAGAACUUUCGUUUCCCCCGCGAGGACUGCGCAGAGGCGUUAGCGCCGCAGCCCGCCGCUUCUGCUCCAGGCGCCGAAGAGGCCCCGCGGGAGGGCACAGAGAGGCGAGCGAAGCGACGCGGUGUACCGGAAGAAGUACAGAUGCGGCGGAUUCUGCCGUUCAUGAACUUCUGCAUCAACGCGUCCACGGGCGCGCCGAAAAGCGACGACCUGGCGGCCUUCCCGUCUGUCGACCAAAGAGAAUUUGCGUCCUCGUCCUUCGAGCUGACCCGCCAACUCCGUCUCUUCGGCGGUCUACUCGUCGCGAUCCUGACGGAGUCGCACCUUCUUGGCUGCUCCGCGUCUUCGCGCGUCGCGCCUUCGCCUCAGGCCGCCUCUUUGUCCAACGCACCGCGGUGCGAUUGCCUGUGCGGCACGUGCGCGUCUGUGCGCGUCAUCCAGACGGGGUUGCCCAUCAUCCACAAGGGAUUUUCGCAUCCGUACAAGCAGGUUCGCGAGGAGGUCGCGCGCCUCAUCAGCGUGGUGAUUUGUCUGGGCGACGAGGACGAGCUGCAGCAAGUCGAGCGAGAGCGAGCGCUGCUGGUGGCGCGAUACUGCAGCGCAGCCCCCGGGCGCAGGCGAGCUCUCGCGGUCGCCGACGCGCGGCAGGGCCAAGAUGGCGCGCAGGGCGACGCACGACGCGCAGACGAGACGCCUUGCGGAUGCUGCAUCUCGGUGUAUCAAAGGCAACUCCAAGAUCUUCUGCUGGGAAGCGCUGCGGCUCUCGCGCCUGCGAUCGACGCCGACACGGGUCCUGAAGCGGGUCGUCAACCCGGCUCGAGCAAGUCGCCCUUCCUCUGCGGCAGCGCGACGAUUCUCACGAGUAUGUUUUACUCGCUUCUUCAACACGACGCCUUCGUACUGGCGGCCUGCGCCGCGGGCGGACCCCGCGCGCUCGACUGGUGCCUCUCUGCGUCCGCGGCGUUUCUCGCGAAAAUGAAAGGCGCCCAAGAGCCGCAGACCGCCGGCUCUGAGGAAGACGCGGGCGACGACGAGCCCCUGGGCGUCGCCGGAGGCCCGCUGAUGUUCCUUCUCGCCGCCAGCAAGCACCCCGAUCGCGACAUCCAGGGCCUCGCCGCGAACGUGGGCAAAAUCGUCUGCCUCCAGCCGAUGCAGCCGCAGCUCCUGCGAGACUUUUCUGCGCUGCAGGCCGCGGCGCAGGCCGCAGCGGGAGCCGGGGCGCGGGGGGCGGAGGACGCCGAAGGGGGAGUCGCGGAACCGCGGGAGGAGACGCAGGCUGGCGGCGGCGGCGCGAGCCCAGAGACGCUGUUGGCGCAGCGGGAGGAGGGAGGGCAGCGGCCCCCGCCUAUGAGUCGCAUCCUGCGAGAAGUGGCGAGGGCGCCCGUGGUAAAGCAGCUGCACAUGCUGGUGGAAGCGUUCGCCUCCUACAUGCGCCAUCCGUCCUGGAAAGUCCGCUGCGCUGCGGUCCGGCUGUCGGAGCUGCUGGGAUGUCAAUAUCGCAUGCUUCUGUUUGGAAGCGAGACCUACCGGAGGCUGGUUGAGGUGGGGAUCGUGGGCUUGCAGGACCCGCAGCCGGAGGUCCAGCAGGCGGCGAAAGUCGCGCUGUCCUUUCUCCUCCUCUCGUGCACAGAUCAGGAAUGCCGGUACUACACACAGGUCUUUCUGCAGAUCGCGGGCCCCUCGACGGCGCCGGCUGCGGGCGGCAGACCCGACGAGGCUGCGCGUUCCUCUCUCGCGCAGCAGCGCAGCCCGCUCGCCGGCGUCCUCGGCCUUGCGGCCUUGGUGCAUGCAGCCCCUUUCCACGUCCCUGGUUGGCUGCCGGAGACCAUCACGUGCCUGGCGAAAUACGCCAACGCGAAGAUGAGCGACACCAUCCGCCGACACGUGGAGAAGACUUUGCAGGAGUUCUACCGCACGCAUCAGGACGCGUGGCGCCAGCUGCAUGUGCGGAAGUUCUCGCCUGAGCAGCUCGACGUGCUCGAGACCUACAAGGGACGCCCGACUUACUUUGCGUAG